AAAUUAAUACUACAGUCAUGUACUUUAUACCGACACCACGAUAGUCGAUAGUUUGUUGGGCACAACUCUUCUAUGAACUGUACAGUACCGGACGAAAGAAAGUGUGCUGGACUUUGUUGCACUCCGCUCCGACUAUCGCAACAGGAAUUUAUCACCCAGGUCGAAAUGGCCACACGUGGCGCUCCUGAUUUCUGGGGAUUGUUCAACGCGCUGUCCCCAGGUCGCCCGUCUCCUGAUAUUCCGCUGAUAGGAGUGCAGUGCGAUUGCUUGUUACUCAAUAACUUGGCCGAAGUUACGAUCAGGCAGCGCUAUAAGAAUACGUCCCCUAAUCCUAUUGAGGCCAUCUAUGUUUUCCCUGUUGACGAUGAGGCUGCCGUCAACGGAUUAACGGCUCAUCUGGGCCAGCGUACCGUUCGUGGAGUGAUUGAGAAGCGCCAAGAGGCACGUCAGGCCUACACUGCUGCGCUGUCGCAUGGCCACGGAGCGGCUCUUCUGGAAACGGCCGGGUCCGGCGCGUUGAAGGUCCAGUUGGGAAAUCUGGAGGCUGGCAAUGAAGCUGAGAUCUGUAUCGUCUACAGCAGUUUAUGCAGUAUUGAGGAAGAUGCCAUUGUCGUGCGUGUUCCCACAACUAUCAAGGAACGCUACAUGCCUGCAUCGGCCUGGGCGACUUUGGAAGCUGAAUCGCAGCCGAACUACCUGGACAGCCGAAUUAGCAGUGUGGGAUACGGCUUGAGCUUGAGUGUGGAUGUGUACAUGCCCGGUGACAUCUUGAGUGUGUCAUCGUCCACACAUCCGCUGAACGUCCGCAACGACCCCAAGGAUCGGAGCCACUGCACGGCCAAGCUAGGCGUAGAGAAAGUGGCCAUGGACGGCGACGUGAUCAUACGGGUGGAGCAUGCCGAGCUGCACAAGCCUGCCGUGGUCCUAUCAAGUCAGGCGGACGUGGACCAGGGCAGCGCGGCACUCAUGCUGACGUUCAUGCCCGAGUUUGACGAGGCCAUGAGCGAGAGAGCGGAAGACCUGGAGUUUGUGUUCCUGGUGGAUCGCAGCGGGUCAAUGGGCUGGGGCGGUGGCACCAUCUCUCCCAUCAAGCAGUGCCGAGAUGCCCUGCAGUUGUUCUUAAGAAGCUUGCCUGAAGGUUGUUCAUUCAACAUCGUGGGAUUUGGUAGCAGCUACGAGAAGCUAUUUCCCGAAAGUCAAGUUUACAACGCGGACAGCCUGGCAACAGCUACGCAACAUGUCUCGCAGCUUGCCAGUAACAUGGGUGGUACAGAAAUCCUGGCGCCACUGAAAGCCAUUCUCUCUGAGGGCAGCUCUUGGCUUUCAGGAGGAAUGAUUGGCCGUGCAAUGGGUCUCUCCGCCGCACAGCCGAUGCGCCACCGCAAGCUGUUUCUGCUCACCGACGGAUCCGUGGGCAACACCGCAGAGGUCAUCAGCACCGUCAAGCAGCAUGCGCAGAGCACACGGGUGUAUACGUUUGGAGUUGGCGACGGGGCUGCUGCAGACCUCGUCCGCGGUGUAGCUCGCGCCGGCCGUGGGGAGGCCUGUUUCAUUCGCAACGGGGAGCCAAUCGACGAGAAAGUGAUCAGUCAGCUGUCAAAGGCCAUGGAGCCAACGCUGGAAGAGCUGGAGAUUGACUGGGGAAUACUCCAGGUGACGCACCAGUCUCCGGCGCAGGGCGAGCUUGCGCCAAUCUUCAACAACACCCCCUACAUCGUGUUCGCACUCCUGUCCAAGGACAGCCAACACCAAGGCCAAGUCACGCUGAAAGGCAAAAUGAGUGACAAGACGGUCACGUUUCCAGUUGACGUGACCCCGUGGACUACAAGUCGCACAGAUUGCCGUAUUCUUCACAGCCUGGCGGCCAAGCACAUUAUUCGAGAUUUUGAAGAAAAAUCCUUCCCGCAACCGGGCAGCAAAGAAGCCAGUUUAGCUCUUGCUUUGAAGUUUGAGGUUGCCUCCUCGCAGACGUCUUUUCUUGCCAUUGAAAUGCGAGAAGAGAUGAAGGAUGGUGUCAUGACUACCAUUAAAGUGCCUCUACAACCGAUCUCCGCAAUGAAGCAAAUGUCACAUCAGUAUCAGCAACAGCAACAAUCAGCACAAGUGCUUUUGGGUGCCUCAUAUUCUCAUCGGGGAAUGAGAGGUAUGGGUGCCCCUGCGCCACCACCAGGAGCCAUGUUGUUUGGCGGUGGACCACCGCCUUCAGCAGGCCCACCUCCCAGUCUAGGAAUGGGCGCUCCACCGCCACCACCAGGAGGAGCCAUGUUUGGUGGUGCACCACCAGGACCACCACCACCGCAAGCAGCCAUGUUUGGGGUUGGACCGCCACCACCAUCAGGCGUGUUUGGCGGUGGACCACCACCAGCAGAAAGACGAGCAGUGGCGCGUAUUGUCUCCAGUUCAUCAUCGGCACCGCCGCCUCCUCCAGCAGCGCCUGUUAUGAAUUAUGCAAGCCAACCCGACACCGAUUUCCUAUCACUUCUGUCUCUAGAGGAAGACGACUCAGAUGAGUCAGAAAGGUCACUAGGCCGACAAACAUCUCUGUUAAGUGAUGAUGCCUUGUUUUGCGCCGAACCACAAGGAGCUAGUAUUGCCGCUGUGCCAAAGCCUCCACAAGGAACUGCAGUGGAUCCACUACAGGCAAUAGCCUCCCUGCAGCAUGUCAGUGGCUUUUGGCUGCUGGAUGAUCCACUGGCAGUGGCAGUUGGCCUGUCCAGGAGUGCAAUCUCUGCCGCGCAACCAAGUAAUCUCUCCGUGUCCACAUCAGCUACGACAGCAAGCAAAGUAUGGGCUACUGCUGUUGCGCUCGCAUACCUACACGUGAAAUGUGCCAGCAAGGCGGCAGCGUACUCGCUCAUGGAGAAGAAGGCGAAGAAAUGGAUUGCGGCUCAGAUUUCCGCCCCGGCUGCGGCUAUCAAUGAGCUGAUUGCAGGCGCGAAAGGUUUGUUCUGACGGCAUUGCCACACAUAGUGUUACUUACUAGUUCAGUGCAGCCUUGCUUGCGCUCGCCAUCAGAUCAAGCCUCUGAAUAAGCUCUCUCUCUCUCUCUCUUGCUAUAAUAUGUUUCUAUCUGUGCCGGAUUCCUGCUGACGUCAUUCAGACGGUGACGUUUGUAGACUUACCUUCUUCGUAUAUUUUGUUUUAGUUGAAGGGCCCAGUCAAUGUCAUAAUAGGGAUGUUUUUACUGGACAAGUAUCGUUGUUUUUAAACAAUCUGAGUUUCUCAGGAAUAGAUCUGCCUGAUGUAGUGUCAAAAUCUCAUUGAUUAUCAGAACACCCCCCCCCCCCCCCCCUCAUCCAGUGCUCAGAAACACACUCAUGCAUAUUAUAGGUUUUGAAGUAUAUCUAAUGCUCGGUCGGGCCAAUUUGCCGGUGCUCAGUUGAAAAUUGCCAAGUGUGCCGAUUUUAGAAGCCAGUCAUUCCGGCUUUCUUUUUUCUUCAAGCAAAUUUAAUUAAUUUUGCCAGGUUUUCGCGGGAAGGUGUCAAGCUCGCUAGUUCUGACACUAGUGGCUGAUAUUGAUUACUUUAAGUUUUGCAAUUGGUGUCAUCAUGAUGUGUUUGGUGAUCUGCUCAGCGGCUGUUUUUGCAUUUGUUUGUGCCGAAGGUUUUGGCAAUUUAUUUGACUGAGCUAACCUCCAUGUCUCAGUCUUCCCAGACUGAUUAUUCCAGUGCCAGAUCACUAUCUUCAUGAGGUGGUCCUUUACACUACUUACAAGUCACACGCGUAUCAUGUACGUGACUGAUUCUUUCAAUGUUCUAAUCUUUACAGUUUUCCUUUUCCACCUGGACCCCUCCUUGGUUUCCCUUUUCUCUCUGGGGCUUUGAAUACAACAAGUCAACUACUUACAAGUCA